AUGUUCUCCAAAAACUUCGUUCUCCUUUACAUAUUCUUUUCAUACUGUUACUAUUGUAACGGAAAUUACUGUGAGCGUUUCAGGGAGUCCUUUGAUUCCCUCUUAUACAACCGUGUUCUGAUCGGCCAGGUGAUCAAGUCGUCGUUCACUCGCGGUGGAAUUCUCUCCUGUGCUCACAGAUGCUUGUCUCUUCCGUCAUGUUCAUCAUACAACUACCAAAUGUCAGAGUCCGACCAUGGCGUUUGUGAGUUAAACGGCGGAAAAGAGGGCGAUCAGGAAAACUUGGUGGAAAAAGCUGGUUAUGUUUUCGCACGGCGGAGAAAGCCGCCACGCAGCUGCAAAGAGGCAAGACAGCUGAUCAGUAAGCCUGCACCAGGCUAUUUCUAUAUCCAAGACAACAACUGUCAUGAGUUUAAAGUCUACUGCGACUUCACCUCAGAGCCCGGCUGGGCCUGGACUCUAGUUAUGUCAGAAACCUUACAGAACGUUGGCAAACCUUUUACCCAACGGGGUUUGUUCACAAAUGAGCCGAUGAGCCCAGAGGUUCCCAACUGGGAGGCGUACAGGCUUCAAUUAGACCGCAUGAAAGGGUUGAGAUCUGAGUCAACACACUGGCGAAUAACUUGCAGUCUCAAUCUUGCGAGCGUUGUCGACUAUAGAGAUUACGUUCGAGCAAAGUUUAAAGACUUCGACUUAUUGACUCAUAAGAAUGGGGGUGAAAAACCUUGUGAACUCGUCGAUUACAUCAAUGUCCAUGGACACAACUGUACAAACUGCACCGCAGUUUGGUAUCAGUCCACUGACUUUAUUUUAACCCACAGAAGCUACGAAAACGUCUGCGACUUUGCUAGAGCACCAGGGUCCAUUCAAGUUAAGGGUACUCAUAGCGAGCAAAAUUUUGGUCGCUAUGUAUUUUACAAUCCUAACUUCCGGUGCACAUCAAAUAACUCUGCCACAACCAACUACUGGUUUGGUUCACGAGUUUGAACUUUUUCUCAUUGCUCUGACGAGAAAAAAAAACAUGUAAAUAAACUAGCUUGCUGAUUAUUUCAUUUGAAAAAAAGUACUGUGACAUCAGUGAUGUAGAAGUUUUUUGUUUUUAUGUCUGGUUGUUGUUGUUGUUUUUCUAUGCUGGUUGAUAUGAUGAUUAAAAAUCAGAGUAAGUAGAUUUCAUAAGUUACGCAAAGUACUGCCAAAAAUGUAAUUAUUUAAUAAGGUUACGA